AGCACCAAACCACGACUUUAAAUUAAUAAUGUUAAAUGUUAAUUACAACACUUAAAAAGUCAAAAAUCUUGUUUAAAUCAUAAUUACUCCCUAAUAUCGAUCGUUUAAGCAAAACAACCCCGGGGCUCCAACAUAAACACCAUAAGCAACAUAUAUAAUUAAAAAGGAAAAAGAAAAAUUGAAUUCGAAAUCCCUCCAUUAAUAUCUUUACCCAUAAACGACAGCGGAAAUUCAGUGAAGAAGAAGAAGCUAAAACAGCAGAAAAGCCAACAAAUCAGCAAAACAACUCGAGGAUAAAUCCAGGGGUGAUCGCUGUGCGGUUCAGUGGUUUUCGUUUUACCAACCAAAAACACGAGCAAGUCUUCUUUUUCUCCGGUUGGUUUUGAGCUUAAGGUGGAUGAUCGAGGGUUUCCCGAUGGCGCAAUCGACGAGGAGGCAUUACGUGGUGGGGGAUUAUGCUGUAGGGAGGCAGAUUGGGGCGGGCUCGUUCUCCACGGUGUGGCACGCGCGCCACCGCGUCCAUGGCACUGAAUUCGCGAUCAAAGAAAUUGUCACCUCUCAAUUGAACCCCAAAUUGCAGGAAAGCCUCAAAUCGGAGAUUUUUAUUCUUAAGAGAGUCAACCACCCUAAUAUUAUCCGUUUGCACGACAUGAUCGAGGAACCUGGAAAGAUAUACAUUGUUUUGGAGUACUGCAAAGGAGGUGACCUUUCAAUGUAUAUUCAACGACGCCAAGGAAGAAUCCCCGAGGAAACUGCAAAGCAUUUUAUGCAGCAACUAGCGGAAGGUCUAAAAGUUCUUCACAAAAACGACCUAGUACACCGAGAUCUGAAGCCGCAGAAUCUUCUCCUUUCCACUAACGGUGACAACAGUGUUUUGAAGAUUGCUGAUUUCGGAUUUGCAAGGUCUCUACCAUCUAGAGGUCUUGCAGAAACCUUAUGUGGCUCACCACUUUACAUGGCUCCAGAAAUUAUGGAGCUAAAAAAAUAUGAUGCUAAGGCAGAUCUCUGGAGUGUCGGUACCAUUCUGUUCCAGCUUGUAACUGGUAAAACUCCGUUUACAGGAAGUAAUCAAAUUCAGCUUCUCCAGAACAUCAUAACGUCAACUCAAUUGCAAUUUCCACCCGAGGCAAAGGAUUUGGAUCCCCACUGCAUGGAUUUGUGCAGAAAACUACUGCGGCGUAACCCAGUGGAGCGGUUGACAUAUGAAGAAUUUUUUAACCAUCCAUAUCUAUCUCGGAGACAGCCGGAUGAAUCCCUCAGAUAUACAGCACAAAAUUCCCAAGAAGAUUGCUUACUGUUCAGUCUAGAUGAUGAUUCCAGUGGUCCUGAUGGCAGUCCAUCUUCCCCAAGGAGGUCCACCAUGAAAUCGACGUAUGGUUUUUCUCUUGAUCCAAAGUCUGGUCGAAGAGGUAUCUCUAAUGUUGCAAACAGAACAGAAUUUUCAAAGUAUAGUGGUGGCCCACAUAAAACAGAAAUCAAAGGGUCCAGUCUCGGGAAAUGCCAGCUUUCAGAAGGAAACCUCAAAGAAUCUCUUAAACCAACAGAACUUGGCUUACUUGAUAGUCGUCCAAAAGUCGUGGAUUCACUGGAGUUGAACGACGAGGAAUAUGUGAUUGUCACUGGUCCUCAAAUAGACUUUCCGCCCUCUGCACAUGCUUCUAAGACAAGUCACUUUUCAUCGAAAACUGGUAUCCCUCCUCUUUAUUCUGGAAAUGUGAACUCCACACCAAGUGCUCCUGUACCAAUAGUUGGUAGAGCAACCGAUAGAGUUAAUUAUGCUGAGAGUCUAGAAAAUCGACUAUCUUCUCCGGGGAUUUCACAAGGAUCAAUGGAUAUAGAAGAUACUUUAGAGCAGCCAUCAACUGACUAUAUUACACAGAUCAGUUCAUUGCAGCGUUAUGCAGCUGCCAUCACUGAAUUAGUGAAUGACAAGAUCGAGGGAGGAAAGCAACUAGAAGCCUUUUCAGUUCAGCUUGUAAUUCUUGCUAUAUGGAAGCAAGCGUUGCAUAUUUGCCAUACCCAUGCAGCUUCAGCUACUGAAGGUGAAGGGAGUCCAAGCCAAGAUGCUACAAGUUUUGGAGACAAAGAGGGCCCACUCGAUAUCUGUUCAAAGAUAGAGAGAUCAUUUCUUCAUGAAGUUGGGCAUGCGGAGGAACUUGCUAAAGUAAUAGAUCCUGGAAAUGAAGAGAUGCCGGAUGCAAUGGAAUUGGUGUACCAGUCAGCCCUUGCUUUGGGCAGACAUGGAGCAGUAGACGAAUAUAUGGGUGAUACUGAAAGCGCUGUUGUUUCCUAUUCAAAAGCAGCGCGUUUAUUACUGUUUCUGUUAGUUGAAGCCCCAUGCCUCAUUUUGAAUCCUCCGUUUUCCCUGACCAAUUCAGACCGAUAUCGUAUUAAGAAUUACAUCCAUGUCCUCAAUAACAGGCAAAGCGUUUCACGGUCUCAGAGAGUGGCUGUCUUUAAAGGAUGAGACUCAGCUCUAGCCCUUCUUGGAACUGGUGAUAAAAAAAUUUCCAUUCUGUAUAUAUAUGUAUAUAUUGUAUAUAUAUUUUUUUUCUUAUUCUGUACAGUAAUUUGGUGAGGGUGAGGAUGGAGUUAUUUAUUAUGAAACUCUUGUCCUAAUGAAAUUAUUGUUUGAUCA